UACAGCUAGCUAUAGCAAAAAUAAUCAGUCAAUUAGUAAGUGGUGUAUCUAAUUAUAUAUUCAUAUCAUUCAUUUUUGUUUAGAACAUUUGUUGAAUCUAAGGUUUAGUAGUGUUUAUUAUAAGAUCAUAAUUAAAGAGAGCUAGCUAGGGAAAUUAGAAGAGAAAAAAAAUGAUAGGGUGGGAAGAUGUGUAUAAGGUAGUAGUGGCCAUGGUUCCACUCUAUGUAGCUCUAAUGUUAGGUUAUGGUUCAGUGAAAUGGUGGAGAAUAAUCCCUAGGGAACAGUGUGAUGCAAUAAACAGGUUGGUUUGUUACUUCACCAUGCCACUCUUCACAUUUGAGUUCACAGCACACAUAGAUCCUUUCAAGAUGAAUUUCUUGUUCAUAGGAGCUGACACAAUUUCAAAGUUCAUCAUAGUCUUGGUUCUUGUAUUAUGGGCUAAGUUUAGUAGCAAAGGUAGUUAUGGUUGGUCCAUAACAAGCUUCUCAUUGUGUACCCUAACAAAUGCCCUAGUUGUUGGGGUACCAAUGUUGAAAGCGAUGUAUGGACCAACCGGCGUGGACCUUGUGGUUCAAUCCUCCGUUGUUCAAGUUAUAUGGCUUUCGCUUCUCCUUUUCGUCUUGGAGUUCCGGCGAGCCGGAAUAGAAGGUGCUACCGCGAAUAUUAUUGUUGAUGAUGGUGCCUUGAAGCCCAAGGCAACUAGUGCUACAAUCAUUGGUAGCAAUAAUAAUAAUGGUUUUGAUGAUGUUAAUGGAGGGAAAGAUUUGGAGGCAACAUCAACAACAACCUUAGAGAUUGGUGAUGUUGGUACUAGGCCUCCUUUUAGGAAGUUGAUGAAGCUUGUGUGGAUAAAACUUGCAAUGAAUCCAAAUUCCUAUGGGUGUGUCAUUGGGAUUUCUUGGGCUUUCAUCUCUAAUAGGUGGAAUUUGGAGAUGCCAAGCAUAGUAGAAGGUUCUAUAUCUAUCAUGUCAAAGACUGGUACCGGCACUGCCAUGUUUAGUAUGGGUAUUUUUAUGGCACUACAAGAGAAGGUGAUAGCUUGUGGAACAAGUAUGACUGUGUUUGGUUUGGUUUUAAAGUUCAUAGCUGGACCAGCAGCCAUGGCUAUAAGUUGCAUUGCUGUUGGAUUGCGUGGUGAUGUUUUAAAAGUCGCUAUCAUUCAGGCAGCAGUACCACAGUCCAUUACUUCCUUCAUUUUUGCCAAAGAGUAUGGAUUGCACCCUGAGAUUCUCAGCACUGCGGUGAUCUUUGGGAUGAUUGUUUCCCUUCCAGUUCUAAUUGCCUACUAUGCAAUAUUGGAGUUUAUUCAUUAACCCACCCAAAAAAGAAGGCGUCUGAAAUAGAGAAUUGUUCAAGGUUGAAUUGUUAUUUGUAAUUUAUUUAUGUCCAUGUUGCGAUUUGUAAUUUACUUAGUAGUAUUAUUAUUAGGGUAGCCAAUCAAUUUUCCCAUGAAUUGUAACACAAACCUUGAAAAGAUUCCAUGUUUUGAGUGACUAUAGUUAGGUUAGCCAUAAGCCA